AUGGGAGCUUCGGAGUCCAAGCUUGUCUUCAAACAGGGCAUCUUCCGCCUCUCGGAGGAACAGGAGAUCCCCGCAGACGACCCCUACUGGACCAGAUUCUGGGAGCUUCCUGAAUCAACCGAAGAUGUCUUUAGCCUUUUCACACCGGCCGACAUACGACGCACGCGCGAUCAUGCCUUGCCCAACUUCCAAACACUCCUACUCGCAGUCACCUCGCAACUAACUGUUUUGAAAAACCAUCCCUCGUUCCCCGACCCAGAUCUUGCCCCCGAACGUGAUGUCCUCAACUGCAUUCGGAUCCUCACUCGCCUCCUCCCCUAUGUUUACGAGGCGGAGCAUCUGGAGGAAUGGGAGGAUAAUUUCUUCUGGGCGACUCGAAGGAGGAGGACCAGACAGUCACAGAUUGCUGGGGAGGUCAUCUUUGACGACGCACAACCGGAGGAUAACCAAGAGGCGACAUCACCGCGCGCAGAGGAUUACGAAGAUGUGAAACCUCUUGCCGAGGAGUUGAUAGACACAUUGAUGGACUUACUCUUCUUUGCCGACUUCACAAUCCCUCGACUUCCAAGUGCGAAGAGCAAGGUCUCUUUUUCGAUUUGGCAGAGUGGUGUUGGCUGCAACACGGCUAUGGGGUCCAACAAAACAUUGGAGAGCAACCGAUGCGAGAUUCUACGACUUAUGCUUACACUGACUGGCAAGGCCAUGUAUUUGCCGCCUAAUACAUUGCCCGUCCAAGGCGUCAAGGCAAUUACUUACAUCACAACUUGCCAAGAUAAGCAGGCUGUCUUGACCCUCCUUUGCUCCCUUCUCAAUACCGCAAUGAAGUAUAACCCUGCGUCGUGGAGAGUCCCAUACGACCACGUAGUUUGGAAAGAUCCCAAGCAGAUAUUGGUGAUUUAUUGCGUGCAACUUCUUCUUGUCCUCUUGAUGUAUCCCAUUCCAGAAGACGGCCGUGGAACUCCACCGAAGAAUUAUUAUCGCCACUACUUCGGGAGGCUACAUAGACCUCAAGACUUCCAAUUUCUGGUGGAUGGCAUGACGAGAAUUCUGAACCAACCGAUGCAAGCUACUGCUUCUUAUCUUCCUGGGAGUCAGAAAUCGGUGAAAUGGGCCCCUGAGAUGUUGGUCCUUUUCUGGGAGACCUUGCAAUGCAACAAAAGGUUCCGGUCAUUUAUCAUCGACUCCAAUCGCUCCCAUGAUUUCCUUGUUCUAUGUAUCUUCUAUGCGAUGGAGUAUAGGACGGAUGCUUCCAAGCAAGGAGUGGUCCGGAUGUGUGUUUUCAUCCUUCAGACGAUGAGCGCGGAGCCAACGUUUGGGAAGAGCCUAAACAACAGUUUCGAGGCUCAAGAGACAUUACCGCAGUCGAUCCGGCUACUCAAGUUCCGGGGGUCUUAUGCCGACUAUUUGAUCAUGUCAAUUCACACGUUGAUGACAACUAGCAAGGGGAAUCUAGACACUGUGUAUCCUGCCAUUUUAAUUAUCCUCAACAACGUUGCUCCCUAUAUCGAGCACAUUUCUCCAAGCGCCUGCUCGAAGGUCAUUCAACUUUUCUCUUCUAUGUCUGCGCCCAGCUUCUUGUUGGCGAACGAGACCAACCACACUCUUCUUGCAUCGUUGCUUGACUUCAUCAACAUAAUCCUCGAGCACAAGUUCACCGACAACCCAUAUCUCGUCUACUCGAUACUGAAAUAUAAGCAACGCUUUGAAGCUGUGAGGGCUUUCACUCUCGAGAGUGGCCAGCAAGAGAUCGAGCGGCAGAAUGAGAAAAGGAAAGCUGGCAGUUCUUCAGAUGUUGCCGUCAGCCCUACACUUUCACAGCAGUCAGAGGAUGAUCUACACACUCCUUCGGGUGCCCGGUCCCCGUUGACUAGAAUUCCCGAAGAGAACAGCCCAUUUGCAAUUGGCGAUGACGACUCCGAUGAUGAACGUGAGGAAGAGGGAACACAGACUCCAUCUCAGUCAUCAUUCUCAGCUCAAACCUCACGUAGACCCUCCGUGACAUCCACCAUAGACGAGAACGGAGCGCAGCAGGUGCGAGCAAUGUCCGAAAAGGCACGGGGAAAGAAACCUGCUGGGCAUCCUCCUUUCUCUCGACAGAACAGCAUGACCAGUCAGACAAGCAUGUCUGCUAUAUUCACCCCCUCUGCCAGUGGCUUCACACCAACCGUCCCAUGGCUCGAGUCUUGGUUGCCCGAACUUCCUUUGCACACGAUCCUCACCAUCAUCUCAGCCAUUGCACCUCAUAUUCCUGAUGCAGCGCUCGCAAGCGCAGCUAGCCCGGAAGCCCGCACACUAAUCCACAACCUCCCAUCAUUUGCUGAAGAGCCCGAGGUUACAAGUAUAAUCUCCGAGCCAACUCCCGUUCGCGUGCAAUCAUUCGAGUGGUCAGCACUUUCAAUGGGCUGGUACGAAUCGCUGCUGUGGGGAUUCAUCUUCUCCAGCGAGAUGGUAGUCGGUUCCGCUUCUGGUGCAACUCCAGGAACAGUUGGUGUCUGGAACGGCACAGCCAUUAAACUCUUCAGAGUCCAAGAAGCUGCCGCUCAAGGCCCGACCUUGCUUGCGCCCAAGGGUGCAGUUGAUGCUGUGGGCAGCAACCUGGUCCAACGCAUCGGAAACCUCAGCCUUCGGGGUCGGAACUCACAAGACUCCGGAGCUGCCUCUUCACCAAGUGUGCGGGAGGUUUAA